AUGCGUGGCUUGGAUAUACUCAGAGUAUCUGGAGCACAGAAAAAUUCCUCAUCGAAAUCUUAUGAGAUAGAUAGCGAUUUUCUUGAAUUUAACAAGUUGGUGAAGACGUUGCUUCAAGAGUGGGAUACCAGUCUUGAACAAAGGGUGUUAAAUUUGACCUUCAAACUGGAUCCACUUUGCACAUCGAACUUGCAAGAUCAAAUUCAAGAAGAAAAAAUAAACCAGCAGGAAGAGGAUCGUAUGUGGUUAUUGAUAAUAUGGCUAAAUCUGCAACUGAUGAUAGGGAAUUGUCAGGCCUUCUUUCACAUUAUAUCUCUACUUUCAAACAUCUUAGCAUCCCCUGCUAGGAGAAGUAGAGUGAAAAGAGGAACAAAGGGAGAGAGGAAAUGCCUUUAA